GGAGCAACUCAAGCAUCUAAGAAUCAUGCUUUGAAGCAGCUUUUGACAGCCUGCAGGAUUCUGAUGCUCGGUGUCGUGAGCGUCAAACUCAAUUCACUGCCGGGAAGAGCAAUGUCAACGAGGGACCAUUCAAUAGCUACUUCUUCGCAAACGGCCUUCUUUCAGAUACAAAAGCAUCCUUACACUUCAUAACCCUUGCAGCUUUUCUCCUCGACAUGCUCCUGCAGACGUGACAUGCUCACAAGCAGCUCGCAUCGGACUGCAUCAAAUGCUAUGCGUUCGCAUCCCUCCGGUACAUUGGACCACGCCCAUACCGAGACCCCACAUGCUCGCCAUGCGGCUGCGCCAGCCGACUCAUUGGUCAAACCCUCUCGUGACCGCGCACACACCUACGCCGCACAUGCCCUGAAUCUCUUCAAUGUCUAUGGCAUCCCCCUCACCUCCGGUAUCUGGCUCGAAUACUACUUCACAAGCAGCCGCCCAUCCAUCUCUCUACUGGCUGUCUCAUCCGUUUUCGGGACUCAACUCGCGUGCCUUGGUCUUGCCACCAGUACGACCCUACGGCUGCACCACCGGCCGAAGUACUGGCGAGUGUAUAUGCUCAUCGGCACGCUGUUCGUCUGCGGUGCACACCUUGGCCUGCUCGUCACCAGCGACCUUUGGGUGCUUGUUCUGUGUCAGGGCGCGCUGACUGGUCUGGGGCUGGGUAUGCUUGGAGCUGUUUCUCUACGGGUGUUGAGUACGCAUUACAAGCAUAACGUCGCCGUCACAUCGACUCUAUGUGGAAGUGCGGGAUUCUUCGGCGCAAUCGUCCACUCCACACUGACGUGGAUCUGUCUACGCACCGACAAUCCCGGCCUCGCACACGGCCUCGCACUCUCCCUCCUCACUCUCACAUUGUUCCCCGCGCUCCUACUCGCCAGACCCGGUGAUUACAAGUCACUGCAGCCACGGCAGCCAAACCGGGACGCUCUCCCCUCCACUUCAUCAUGGCGCGUCUACCCCGUAUCCCCGGCCAUGCUCCUAACAACCACAGCCCUGCUCAUCCCACCCCUCCACCUUCCUCUCCUUCUCACGCGGCAUCCUGGACCCAACCGCGCAGAUGCCGGUCUAUACACGCUCCUAACGCUCUACGGCACCGCGGUGCUCACCUCAGCAUUCGUCCCGCGGAUACCUCCGCGCCGCCUCUCUUCAAGCACGCUGUGCGGCGUCGCUGGGGUGGUGGCUGGUGCAGCGACUGUCCCGCUUGUCUGGAUGCAGAGCCUGGGCGUCGCUGUGCCGUGUGCGGCUGUGUAUGGCGCUGCGCUGGGAUGCGUGGCAGUGCUGUGGGUCACGGUGUUUUCGCGAUGUGUAGAGGCUUUCAGGGCUGGGGGGGUUGGUGGCUUGGUGGAUGUGUGUGGAUUGGUUGCUGGGCUGAGUGCUGCGGGAGGUGUUGUGGGUGCUGCUGCUUUGCUGCAGGGGCUGGAGAGUGGUGUGGAGGUUUUGCUAGGUGUUGUGGUUGGGGGUCUGGUCUUGGGAGGGCUGGGGAUGGGAGGAAGGGACUUUGUGAGGCGGUGGAAGAGAUUGUGAUGCGGGAUCAUGUCAUGUGGUGAUGCGAUUCGCGUUGCGUCUGUCUUAAGUUGUUUGUAGCUCUCUGUGUGUGAAGAAAGAUGCCAAACGUUGCACCCGAGACAGUGACGUUAAGCUUUCU